AUGGAUCCUAGAACUGACAUAUACGAACCAUCAUAUGGGACAAUAUUUGGUUGUCACAAUGUAAACAUUAAUCUAAAUUACAUGCUUAAAAGUAUGUUUAUUGCUUCAGAGUUCAGGCCAUUUAAACAAGGAAGAUAUCAAGAAGAUAAUCAUAAGUUUGGUGGGUUUCAACAAGGAGUAUUGAAACAGGCAAUGGAGCCUUCCAUAUUGGGGAGUGCUUUUACAGAAGGUGGCCCAGAUAGAAAAAUUAAGCUUGAUUGUAAUCCUGGUAUUGAUGAGGAUAUUUGCAAGCUAUGUUGGAUACAUUGUAUAAGCACGAAUAUCUCAGAGUCAGAGUCAUUGAUGAGCAGGUUAGAUAUAAAGAUCGAGGUCGUCGGAGCCACAACGAACCCUAGCUUCGAUUGGGGCUCCGUCGUCGCUGCUAUGAAGAUCCAAUUAGGGCUUCGCCUCCGCUUCAGAUCCAUUUCUCUCACCGUCAAUCAGAAAUCCCUCACCGUCGUUGCUAUGAAGAUCCACUGUAAAAACCCUCGUUGCUGUGAAGAUCCACAACAAACCUUGCUCUGA